CCGGGCAGCCGCUCCCGGGCAGCCGCUCCCCGGGGUGGGCUCAGCCCUCUCGCCGUCGAGGCUCCCCGGCCGCGGGCGGGGACACCCCACAACUUCACCCGAAGUUUUCUCGCCGCCUCGUCCCCGUUCGGCGGGUGGCCGCCCCCCGGCGAGGGCACCGUGAGGUCGAGAUCCCGCAGCCCCCCGGCGCGGCUGCUCGCUGCCCACCGGGGCACGACCCGCCCGCCGGCGGCCCGGGCCCGGGGCGGGGAGCGGAGCGGCCCCGGGGCGCGCCCACCGCCCCGCCCCGCCCCGCCGCCCCCGCUGCCGCCUGGCAGGGCGGCGGGUGCCGCGGGAGCUGCUCGGUGCCGCCGCCGCCCGGGAGGGAGGUUAUGUAAGGGGGGAGGGAGGCGGCGGGAGGAGGAGCAGGACGGCUCUCGCCGCCGUGCAGCCGCCGUGCAGCCGCAGCCAGCCGGGGCCGGGGCGGCCGCAUGUGCGAAGUGGGGACGCGGCCGCCGCUGGCCGCCGAGCGCGGGGAGCCGCCCGGGGGUGCCGCCGCCGCCGAAAGGUGCCGAGACAUGGGAGAACAGCCCAUCUUCACCACCAGAGCCCAUGUCUUCCAAAUUGACCCCAGCACGAAGAAGAACUGGGUUCCUGCAAGCAAGCAGGCUGUAACUGUUUCCUACUUCUAUGACAGCACGAGGAACAGCUAUCGGAUUAUCAGUGUGGAUGGAGCCAAGGUGAUCAUAAACAGCACCAUCACCCCCAACAUGACCUUCACCAAGACGUCGCAGAAGUUCGGGCAGUGGGCAGACAGCAGAGCCAACACCGUGUUCGGGCUGGGCUUCCCCUCCGAGCAGCAGCUGACAAAGUUUGCAGAGAAGUUCCAAGAAGUAAAAGAAGCUGCCAAACUUGCAAGAGACAGAUCUCAAGAGAAAAUUGAGACCUCAAGCAAUCAUUCACAGACCAGCUUUGCAGCCAAGAUGAAAAGGGAGGUGCAGGAGACACCCAGUGUUCGUUUGUGUGUUGUGCUGCAGGAGUCUGGACGUGAAACUCCAUCUUCCACUCGAGCUUCAAGUGUGAAUGGCACAGACGACGAGAAGGCAUCACACGGUGGCUCUGCUGAGGCACAUCUCAAAUCUGAGAAUGAUAAAUUAAAAAUUGCUCUAGCCCAAAGUUCAUCCAACGUGAAGAAGUGGGAGACAGAGCUGCAGUCGCUGCGGGAGAGCAACGCGCGGCUGUCCACGGCCCUGCAGGAGUCUGCGGCCAGCAUCGAGCACUGGAAGAAGCAGUUCUCAGCCUGCAAGGAGGAGAACGACCAGCUGAGGGGCAAGAUUGAAGAACUGGAGGAACAGUGCAAUGAAAUAAAUAAAGAGAAGGAAAGAAAUGCACAGUUGAGCAGGCGUCUCCAGGAACUGGAAACAGAACUUCAGGACAAAGAGCUGGAACUGGAAGAGCUCCGAAAGCAGGGUGAAAUUAUACCAGAGCUAAUGUCAGAAUGUGAAUCUGUAUCUGAACAAUUACAGGCUGCUGAGAAAAAGAACAAAGAUCUUGAAGAGAAAGUCAGAACGCUAAGGACAGAAGUCGAAGAGAACAAACAUAGGCAGACCAACCUUAAAACUGAAUUAAAGAAUUUUUUAGAUGUUCUAGACGGGAAGAUAGAUGAAUUACAUGAUUUCCGACAAGGACUGUCUAAACUUGGGAUUGACAAUUAGGUGGCAAUAGAUCUUUUUUGUAAUCUAGGGUCUGGAUGUUUGAUGUUUUGUUGACCCCAAACGCGUGUUUUACAAAAUAUAACUAGAAUGUUCCACUUGUUUGCAUUGGUUUUGUACAUAGAGGCUGAAAAUUUGCUGUGGUUUUUUUUGGUCAGUUUCUUUUUUGUUUGUUUGUUUAUUUUCCAAACCAAUUGUGCUGCUCACUGAAUUCUGUUGAGAUUAGAAACUUUCUAUAUUGCUGCUCUGGCUUUGUGGCUUUGGGAACAGGUAGAGGGUUCUGUCUCAGGAAUCUGGAACUAGAUCUACCUUAAAAUGAUUAUGCAGUUAGUUGUUGCAGGGAAAUUUAUAUCUUUCUUAAGGGCUGUUGCAACCAUAGAAACAGAAAAGAAGUCUUUUUCUUGUCCGGACUAUCAGCACUCUUAGCAGAAUUGACUUUAUUCCGUGGUGGAGCAGAGAGAUUAGCUGGAGCCCCUGCAGUUUGUAAAAUGUGGCUGUGAUGAGCUGCAGUCAGGAGAAUCACUUCUCACAGAUACCAGUAUCUUUAGGGACCAUGUCAAUCAGGCCUGAUUCACCAAAAAAAUGCAGUGGAUUUCAGAUAACCUCUGACAGAGGUUUCGUGUACUUGCCUGGACCUGUGCAGCACAAAGUCAACAAUGCAGAAAUGAGUUUCAGCUCUUAAAGUCAUGUGUCUUACCAGUCAGUGAGGGCAGCUUCUCGUGCUUAGCAGCAUCACCUCUCUCUGGCCUUCAGUUUUAAACCCAUGUAGUUCCAUCAUUAUGUGCAUCUCUGAAAAAUUCCCACCUGAGUCUGGGGACCAGAUAUUUCUUUUUAAAAGUGAGAUGUUGCUGGUUUGUACAGGACUCGUGCCCCUAUGUGUGCAACUUGAUUGUUGUUGAUUGACUUCUGCAGCAGUGAGGAAGGAGACAUGGAUCUGAAAAGCAUCAUAAGGUUACUGGAAGGUGUUGCUCAGAAGCAAAUUUCUGCCCAGGAGACUGGCAGGGCGAUGGCCACAUGAAAUAAAAGUCCUUUCCUAUGAUUUCUGCAUUUUCUGGCAGUAGGGUAAGAAUUAGUCACCAAGUUAGAUUGUACAAAAAAAAAGAAACCUCAACCCAAGAGGCAGAAAUGCUCUUUUAUUCUUGAACUGAUUAUUCAGCAGCUCUAAGAGGGUUUUGAGAAAUGCAAGGUCAUGCCCUGGCCUUCAGUGAGAAGGAAGUUAAGUUCAUCACAGACAGGGAUGUAAAAGGGCCAGAGAGGAGAAUCCAGCCCAAGCUUUGCUCUUUCCCCUAGAACUUCCUUCAGCUUCUUUCUUCCUUUCUCCAUAACCUGUUUUGAGAGUGUUUACAUGGGAUCUUAAUUAAUUCAGGAGAGUACCUGUGUGUACGUGACAUUGUUAUUUGCUUGAUUCAGACCAGCUUGGUUAAGCACUGUGUUAGUGAUUUCCAGCAGUGACUGAUAUAAAAUGGCCAUGGCUUUUCUUGGAAUUUCAGGGUUUUUUCUUUUUUUGGCACAUCUUGAUUAUUAAAGUGAUCUUUAGAAGAAAAGUGGGUUGUAGAUGAAACAUGCAUUGAAUACUUUUUUGCAGCUGAAUAUAUAAUCCCAUGGGGGAGAUGGGAUCUGUCUGCAAUUGUCCCUUGAAUUUUCAUUUCAUCUGUUACUGUUACAUUGUCUUCAUUGCCUGUUUUUUAAAAUAGACUUGGAGUAUUUUUGCUUUUACUCCUUUGAAACAAUGGAUGUAGAGCUAGGACCUUUCAUAACCAUUUUGACUAUUUAAGUCUCUUUUUAAAAAAUUGUUUGAGGCUGUUGAUAUUUAAAAAUAAAAAUAAAGAUCAGGUACAUAGCAUGUAGGCGUGUGAAAAUUAGACUUUGCCAGCAUGGAAGAUUCAACAGUUGCAUAAUGUGGGGUUGGAUCAGACUUCUCAAAAUUGAAAAUGACGUCAGAAACUGUGUGGUUGUGCACAAGUAGUCUCCAUUUUUAGUCUUUUUAUUUGAUAGAAAGUCAGAUAUACACCAUAAUUUAGCAGGCAGCUCAUCCUGCUUCUCCUCCCAUGCUGCUUUUUGGUCUCUGCAUCAGCUGGGAACCACAGGAUAAUAACACAAUUAAAAGCAACACUGGCAGUCAAGGCCCUACUCCUCACAGUGGCUCAUUGCUUUUGCAUCAAGGACCCUGCCCUAUCUUCCUUUUCCUGCUGAGUAAUGUUAGGGCUUCUCUCUUUGUUUUAACAUAAAUUAUGUUUUUAACAUGAUGCUGGGUAAAAGGAUGCAAAAGACUGAAAAAAUUACAUUAUUUGGCUUAAUUCAGAUCUUUGUUUUCCACUUGAGUCAGGUCUAUCUCAGAUCCAGAUCAUUAGGAAUGUAUUAAGCCGCUCUUAAAUUGCAAGAGAAGUGUUUCCAUGGGAUUGCAUUGAUUAAACAGAUGGAGUUUGAUGGUGGCACAUUAGGCCAGUGCAUAGCUGUGACACAGGCGGUUAUUUCUGGGUGCUUAGUGCCCACCAGAGGAACAAUGAAGUGUCCCUGAAGAAAUCCCUGCCCUGUCUCUUCUAUCUUGCCCCAGAUGUGUGUAUCACUUAUCUGCUGUUGCUCUGAUGUUGAGUUGUUAGGGAUGCCUGUACACAGCUUUUUGCUGUGGGAAACUCUGUCCUUCAAGCCUCCAAGGGCUUGUUAUAAUUGCCUUUUUCCUUUUUGCUUCCCAACAACAGUAAGUUGAGAGCUUCUAUGUAUGAUCACUUAAACUCCCCAAAACGCCAUCUCUUUUCACCUUUCCAUCUCUUUCACUGGAUUUUUCUCCUUCAAGAAAAAAAAAAGCCUGGCAGUGCAUGCUUUCAGGAGUGUUUGGGCACCAGCUCCAGCUGUCCUCUCGUCCGUGUCCCUGUCUCUACCCCAGGGGACCAAUGGUGUCACACAGUGCUUAUUCCUUGGUGCUCUCUGGUGGCCCAGCACUAACCUGUGUGCCAAACUGAGAGCCUCACACUGCUCCUCUGAGACACAUCCCAGCACUGAGAGGCCUCCUGUGCCCUGAUGGGAGCACCAGGGCAGCCAGCCUUCCCCCACCAAAAUGGACACACCGUCCUGUGCAUGCACUGACCCUCCUGUGCACAGUGGGAAUUCCGCUUCUCCCUUCGGGCACUCUGAGUUCAGCUGGCAGACACCUGCUUAGGGAUGGCCCUAAACACUGCCAGGGCCGAGAAAUAUUCAUCCCUGUCCAAGAGAGGAUCUGCAGAGUUUGGUUUUAUUUGUUACACAGUGCUGAGCUAAUCCUGGUUUCCCUGUGCCUGUAGCAAUGCCUCGGUCAGCGCUGCGCUUCCACCCCGCCUGAGCACAGGUUUAUAGGGGGCUGUACCUCACCUUGGGUGACCCUGAGUUCCCUUUCUGGACACAGGUUUCCCCCUCUACGUGGUUCUUACAGCAGGAUCUCUCCUACCUCACUGACGUGGUCUUUCCUUAAGAGAGGACCUGUGCUUGGCACUUCCCCUGUGGGUUGGUGUCAGCUGCAGCCCACGGGUCCUGCCUACCUGGCCCUCCUGGCAGCUUUAGCAAGGAACAUCUCUGCUGGCCCCUGUGACACCAGGACAGAGAGUGUCUUCCUGACCUCUGCUGCCUUGAGGUGAUGUUAGAGCUGCUGAAUAAUGCCAGGGUUUGAGGGGUUUUGACCCCUCAAUGAGAAAUAAACAGGAAUACCUUGUAUUAUGUAAGAGCAAAAGUGACAAUAAAAUAGACAGAGUUUUAUUUGCAAGGGGAAAGAAUGUUCCAUUAGAUAUAUUAUGUCACAUUUUGGAAAAAUACCUUAGUCUCAUAUUAGGAAUAAAUGAUUUCAAAAUGAAAAAAUGGAACUUUGUUGCACAGCUCAGAAUAAAGAAGGUUAAUCUUUUGGGGGUUUUAUUAUUUGGCUGAAUCGUUCUUUGGCAAUUUUGAUUCAACUUCACAAGUAGUUCUGUUUGGCCUAGAAGUGCAUUUUCAGCAAAUGCAGUACUUUGCAGUGUUCCGUCAACACCUAAUUGCUGUCUCCUUUACUAAGUGAGCUCACUGGAAGAAAACUGUCUUUUCUUUAAGAAAUUCAACACCACCUGUCAUUUUCUGUAUCCAAGCAUUCAAAAGAUGCACUUUCUAAAAACAGUUUUACACUGGGUGGGUACAUCUGUGGCCAGAAAACAAGUGUUAUUUAGACAAUAUCUUCUUUUCUGGACAAACACCUGAUUUGGUUUUUAUGUGAGCGAUUUAGGGAGAACAAUUUUUUAAAGCUGCUUGGUGAAUUAAGGUGAGCAGGAAGGGUUUCUGCUGUUCUGCCUGGUGUCCCUGCCACUGCCAUUGUCUUACAAGGGUAGCAAAGCACUUGUGGUGCUAAGGCAGGGGCUCACCUGCCCUGUCCAGUGAUUGCUCAGUGGUUUGUUGGGCACAGGGAACACACAUCCCACUGGCAGCAGGGCACAAAUUGUCCAUAGACUUCUGCUCUCUUCUCUAUGCUGUUUAUUUUUUUUUUUUCCCAAAUGUCCAUUUCUUUUCCUUAUAGAUUUGUUUUGCCACCUUUGGCUGCAUCCUAAGCGACAGAAGGAAAAUUCCCUGUCACUGUCACCACGUUGCUGUGGUGGGAGUUUCUCAGCCACAAGACCAUGCUCUUCCUUAGGCUCUUCCAAAGAGUUAUCUUGGCAAAACACUUCAAAGCAUCAAUGGCUUGUAAGGAAUAUAGUGCUGUCUUCCUGAGCCUAUGGAUUAACAAAGAUAAAACCCCUGUCAGGGUGAAAUGCCUCAUUCAGCUUAAUGUGUGCCCGAUGCUGAAUCUGAAGGGAAGAGGUGUAAGGGGAGGCAGCAGCAGCAAUUUUUUUUUUUUCUUUUUCUUUUCUUUUUUUUUUUUUUUUGGCUAUAAAAAUCUCUGUUUCAGCAGAGAUUUCAGUGAAAGUUGUGCUCUGCCCUUGAGUGUGGAUGCGCCAAAGGUCUGGAUAGCCACACCCAUCCACCACCUCACCUGCCUUUGUCUGGGCAGUUCUGGAAAUAUCACAAAGUCCUCACAUAUCACACAGGUGGUGGUGUGAGGGAUGGAAGGGAUGUCAGAGCUCAGAGAGCACGGCAGCCUCUGGCUAUGGUCAGAGCCUUCAGUCAGAGGCAGGAGAAGCUGUUCCUGUCCCCCAGGGCCUCAGCAGUGCCAGGACCUUGCAGAAGGGCUGGCGCAGCUUUCAGGAGGCCGAGGGGCAGCAAGGAGUGCCAGGCUGGGCUGGCAGGGUCUACCUGUGGGCAUGAUUCAGCAAUGGUAACACAGAAAGCCACCCUAAGGUGAUUUUCUUCCAUGGAUCGUGUCCGACAAGCUCCUGUGUGCCAGGCAAAGCAAUGCACAGCCACAGGAUGAACCCAGACACAGCUGCAGCCAGAGAGCCCCAGCUGGGCACAGCCUGGCCGGGAUGCUGUGCCUGCAGCCCCCGGGGGCUGGGCAGGGCUGCAGGCUCACCCUGGGAAUGUAAACCUGACACGAAGUUUGCACAUCUUAAAUAGCAUUCUCUGCAGUAAAUGAUAAAGUAUCUGAAGAGAAAUAGAGUUAAGAGGUGAAUGAUAAAUGAGAUGAAGGAGGGCUCUCCUGCAGGCUGUGGGCAGAGCUGAUCCUGGCCAGGUGGGCUUUGCUUGCAUCCCUGGGGAUGUUGGGUGUCCAGCCUUUGAUUUUCUACUGUGUUUCGUGUUACUUUCUUUUCUUUUUUCUUUUCUUUUUCCUUUUUUUUUUUCUUUUUUUAAGCAGGUAGCCUGAACAUACAGUCUUCAGAUGAAGGUGCCUAUACCUCCAAAAAUUUUAUAUGCACAUUUUGAAAGUUAGUUAAUUUAGUUACCUAAUAAUAAUAAUGGUACAUACAAGAAAGGCACUUGAGAAAAAUCUGUCUGCUAUUGUAUUUUUGUUUGGGUUGGGUUUGUUUGGGGUUUUUUUGAACACUGGUCAGCAAUAAUUAUUUAGCCAUAUACUAGCUAAAAAGACUGAUAUGUAAGAUUUGUGAACUAAGCUUCUAAGUUUGCAGGAUUUUGAUUAACCUGGGUAUGUGAUGAGGAAGCUAUGCUCAAUAAAAGAGUAUUUUGCAGCAUUUAGAUGUAUUCAUUUAAUUGCCUAAUAGUGAUCAUGAACAUAAUAUUCUAUAAAGCUCAUCAUGAAUGACAAACAAAGCACAUUUGUUUUUAACAUGAAUAUAUCCCUUGUAGUAGAAAGUUCUGAGAGUGUACUAGUGUGGUCUGCUAUACCAAAAUAUUUAGAUUAUUAUGAGAUUUUAGUAUUAAAGAUAAACACACACCCUGUUUUUACUGUUUCAAGUAAAGUUUAGUGAAUGACAAUUUGUUGAUAUACAACUGUGGGAAAACACUGCAGUGCUCUAAAUGUAUAUUUUUAUUUGGGUUUAUUAUAUUUAGUAUAUGUUUCAAUGAAAACUGAAGUGUUUGCUGCAGUUGGAUCAUUGUAAAAACAUCUCUUACCUCAUUUUGUCUGCUGUAAAAAAGUACUAUCCUUUUUUUUUUCUUUUUUCAAAUUGACCAUAGACAGUCAAUGUUAAUAUUUAGACUCCUAGUAGCAGUAAAUGCUGGGUUUUAUAUCUAUAAAAUGAAAACUUGAUUUUUUUCUUUAUGAAUUUAUUAUAUAACUUUGUGAUUUUUAUCUGAUUUUAUUGUAACAUAAAGUUGUUUUAUGUAAAAAUAUAUAGUUUAAGUAAAA